AUGUCUGGUCGUAAAAAGAAAGCUGAACCCCAACCCAAAUCUGGAGUAUCCAAAUCUGUGCGGGCCGGAAUCUCCUUCCCUGUUGCCCGCAUCCAAAGGCUUAUUAGGAAGGGCAACUACUGCAACCGUGUGGGCACUGGUGCGGCUGUCUACCUCGGCGCCGUCUUGGAGUACUUGUGCGCUGAAAUUUUGGAGCUGGCAGGCAACGCCAGCCGUGACAAUAAGAAGCGGCGCAUCUCUGGUCGGCAUAUCCUACUGGCGGUAAAGAACGAUGAAGAGUUAAACGAGCUUCUGGCCGGUGUUACAAUUUCAGAAGGUGGUGUGAUCCCAAAUAUCCAUGCUGCACUCAUUCCAAAAAAGACCUUGAAGCCUAAAGAUGGUGACGUUGCCACCGAUGUUCAGUCUCAAGAUUACUGA